AAAUGAUUGGAGAUUCUAUAUAAAUGAAGCAGCUAGUGCAAUGGCAUUAUUUAUCGUUUAUCCUUGCGAAUUCAGUAUGUUAUCAGUCCAGUGCAUUGCACUUAUCGCGGUUACGAUUUUUCCGGCGGUUUAUGCGGACGUAAGCCGUUCACCCAUAUCGUCGUCGAGGAAGUAAACGUUAAAAUGGAGGAGAAUCCGUUUUUCGAUCCUUGGACUGUGAUUUUCGAUCCUGUCGGAGAACAAGUUUCACUGAAAACACCGAUUAAACAAGACCUUCCUCCCAACAUGAUGAUUGGAAUAGAUUUGAUUUUGGAUGGUAUCGAGAUGAUGCAUUUCGAGUCAUUAAUGUGCGACCUCUUCAACGAUCCAAUAAUUGGAAAAGGAAUAGUGGACCAUGGCCGGCCCAUUGGAGUGUAUCCCACCAGUUGUCCAUUUGUAGCGAAUCCAGACUUGGUAAUCGAAAAUUGGGAGUUUCCUGCGGAUAAAGUGCCACCAGGUAUUCCUGAUAGCUCAGCCGAGUGUACGUUCACGGUUUUCGAAAAGGGAAAACCUCCUGCUGUCACCAUUACCGGAACAGGAAAGCUCAUACAUAAAUUCCCUGGGAUCGGACGUUAACUCAGCAAUCUAAAGAAUUUUCCUCUGCUCUUUCCUUUGAUAAAAAAUAUUUGUUAAUCUAGAUUUGUAAUAAAUCUUGUUAUGGAAAUGUAUUUUUUGCCGCUCCACUGAAAAUAAAUGAAUAUGUUCAUUAAAUUA